GACUCCUCGCCGCAACAGAUGGCCGCCCUCGUCGACUCCCAGCCCCUCCUCCUCCCCCUCCACGGCCACCAACAGCAGCAGCAACAACAACACUCCCAACAGCAGCAACAGCAGCAGCAGCAGCAGCCUCUUCAGGGCGUCAACAAGCGCUACCGCCCCGCUCCCGCAAAGACGUUCCAAUGCAGAGGCUACGGCGACUGUCGCAUGGUCUUCUCCAGGAGCGAACACCUUGCCAGGCACAUUAGAAAACACACCGGCGAGCGCCCCUUCACCUGCCAUUGCGGCAAGCAGUUCUCGCGCCUCGACAACCUCCGCCAGCAUGCCCAGACCGUCCACGCCGACAAGCAGGAGCAGAACGAGCGCAUGAUGCGCGACCUCACCUCCCUCCACGCCACCAUGGCCGCCGCCAACAAGGCCACCCAGCAGCGCGGAAAACGCUCCACCCACCCCAACCCUUCCAACAACGACAUCGACAGCCAAGCCCUCCAGCCCGACAUCGUCAAGCAGGAGGACAUCCAGCACCCCCUCCCCCUCCACCAGCGCCCUGGCACCAGCACUGGCUACGAGGGCAGCGGCCCUGACUCCAACGGCCUCCUCUACAACUCCGCCGCCGCACGCUCCUGGCACGUCCAAACGAACAAUGUUGACCGACCCAACUCCCGUCCGGUCAACAGUCAUUCCUUUCGUGACCCAACCCAGUCCUUUCGUGCCCCACCAGCCCCUUCCUCAGCCGCCCCAUCCGCUUCAUCAGCAGCAGCUUCAUCUGCACAACAACAACAACAACAACAACAACAGCAACAGACCCAGUCCUUUCUCGCCUCCGGAGACGCAUUCCAAUUCGGUGUCCCCGACCUCCCAGGCCCACGCCGCGAUGCUCGCCCAGGAUCGAGCGCAAGCAGGCCCUCCACUGCCUCUCGCGACCCUUCAGACGCACAUACUCGAUCCCUCCCUCCCCUCGCAUCUGUCGUCUCCUCUUCCCUCGCCUCUUCCCAGUGGUCCGUCGCCCCACAAUCCCUUUUUCCCCUACCCUCAGGUCCAGGCAUCGGCGGCCCCGGACGACCCUCCACCGCAACGCGCCCAGGGACCGCUCCCGCAGCGUACUACUCCUCCCACCCUGCUUUCGGGCCUGGACUGGCCUCUCGAUCAGAGCUACCCUUUCCAGCCCUCUAUGGACGCCCAGAGCUGGCACCCCCCCACACACUCGCGCUCCCACAACCGCAAUCCUUCGCACACGGUCCAUCCGCAUACCCAUACCCCGCAUCCGGAUUCCCUUCAGUCGAUGCAGGAGACAUCCCAACUUCUCCCGUCGGAUACGACUCUCCCUUUUCAUUCCACCCACCGGGCCUCGCCGACCAGCAGCAGCAGCAACAGCAGCAGCACUCUCCCUCAUCCGUCCCUCGUAAGCGACCUUUCCCAGGAUCCGACGAGGACCUCCUCCUCGAGCGCGGAACCUCGUCCUAUGGCGCAGCUUAUGAGUUCGCGUCCUCAGAGUCACGACCUCAGUCUCGCCGACUCUCCGUCAUGGAGCUCUGCAAUGACACCGAUGCAGAUCCAGCAACUCGACCAUUUUUACCACUAUCAGCAACAGCAGCGGGAGCUGGAGCUGGAGCACCAUCACCAUCAGCAGGCCGUCCAGGCACAAGCUCAGGCGGCGGCUCAGCAGCAGCAGCGUCGCGUCCAACUACCUCAUCUGGGCUCGUCGCAUCUGCCUCUCAGCUCGCACUCGUCGAUCCCCCACAGUCACUAUUCGGCGGACCUGCACCAGCAGCAGCAGCAGCAGCUUUUGCGAAUGCAGGAGCAUCGACAGCAGCAACAGCAGCAGCGGGAGCGGGAGCAGCACGAGCGGGCGCGCAGGGAUUCGCAAGAGGA